GUUGCCCCUCAAGAAAAUCAGGAGCUACUAGCACGGGCAGCGCAAUGGAAUUGCCAUUGGUAAUGGACCAACCGUAAUUCUUACGGCCAGGAACGAAGCAUUCGCUGGCGCAUAGGAGAAGCUGCGCAGCUUCUUCUGAGACAGCUCAGGCAAUUGUCAUGUACUGAGGGGCCACAUGGAAACACUGCUGUCCGCUACCUGACUGAGUUCCUUGAUUAGUGUCCAGAUGUUGAACAGCAUUCAGACGGUUAGUCACCAUCUGUCUUCGAACUAGUGCCUUGUAAGUGGUCCAGCGUCAAGGUAGUGUUGAGGUUUCAGCGACUGCUGAUGUCCCAUACCUUUUUGGGGUGCAAAAUUCCUUCUAGUCUACCACACUCGGGGAGAGGGCCGCUCAUCCAAAAGAUCACUCUAGUUGUACCGGAGGAGGGAGGAAGGGUUUCAAGAUGUAUAGGAAGCGCACAGCACCAGAUGCCUCUCCAGAAGCAGUGAAACAGAUGACCGAAGCACGCAGGGAGAGAUCUCCCGAGAAGAGAGCGAUCCCUCCACUGAGGGCGUCCAUGAGGAUGCACUCAAAGAGUCGAGGUGCGAUGAUGGUUGAGGCUGCCAAGAAAAACAAAGAUGCUCAGAAGAGUCCGGUCCGGUCCACAAAAAGCUCAUUGCCUCUAGUCCCCUCCACGCCGCAGAAACGGAAGGACCCCCGGCCGUCGCAAUUGAUUCAAUACGGAAAGGAAAAGCCGGACAACAACUUGGACGCCCUGUUCAAGCGGAGGAAGGAGCAGCAGCAGAGCAUCUCAGGUUUCCGAGGGAUGGAGAACCUCGGCAACACCUGCUACAUGAACGCAGUCCUGCAGGUCCUCACGAGCCUCGACACCUUUGCAUCAGACAUGCAGAACAAGCAGCUGCUGGAUGCGAGCAUGCCAGAGGACGGAGUCUACAAGGCUUUGUUGCAGGUCACCAAGGAGAAGAAGCUGACAGGCAUGAGCCGGGGCAUCAAUCCUGUGGCGCUGAAGAGAUCAGUCGCCAAGAACUCGUCGAGGUUUGAGGGGGCGAGACAGCAGGAUGCGCAUGAGUUCCUGUGCAACCUGCUGGACCAAGUCCAAGAAGAGGUGUUCCACCACUACGAGAAGAAGCUGCUCCCACAGGAUUCGUCCAAGUUGCAGCUUCAGGACACUCGGUGCCCAACCUCUCUCAACUUCAGUUGCAUCGUGGAGCAUGAGCUCGUGUGCGACAGCUGCGGCGAGUCGUCAGAAGUGCGGGAGCUGUUUCGCCACCUGUCGCUCGACAUCCCAGAGCGGAAGCCAGGGGAGGCGAACGGGCCCCCAAACCUACAAGAGCUGCUCGAGCUCUACUUCAAGGACGAGCCUUUGGAGAAGACCUGCGAGAAGUGCGGCUGCCUGACGUGUACAGUCAAGCAUCGCGUCCGGAGGCUGCCACGUGUCCUAGUGCUGCACAUGAAGCGGUUCUGCGUCAAGAUCGACGGGCCCGUGCAGCGCUACGUCAAGCGGCAGGAUCCCGUCCGCAUCGAGCCCCUACUGAACCUGAGGCCUGUCUGUUGCCCCCUCACCAAAGGCCCCAUCCCGUUCGGCGACCAAGCGCGCCCUAGCCCCUCCCAAAACAAGGCCCCCAAGACGCCGCAGAGCCCCCGCCGGACCCUCGCCGACGUCAGCAACACGUGGCAGGCCGCCGCGGGGGAGUCGCCAGCCAAGUCUGCACGGCGCGCAAGCAUCUCUGCCUCGAGCGGCGCCUUUUUGGGGCCCGAAGCUGUGGGGCGCAUCCGGGGGGGAUUUUCCGUGGCGUCGGACGGCAGUUCCGGCAGCGGAAUCCGGGAAGGAAGUGAUGUGGACUCUGGAGAGACCAGCGGCGAACGGAACGAGGGCAGUGACGUGCGUAUGGACGAAGCGAAUGCGGAGGGGGAUGCGUGCCCGGAGGAAGACACCGCGAGCAGCAUGGAGGGGGUGGAACAAGAACCGCGGCGGUGUUUCUCUCACGCUGAGCUGGCAAGCAUCGAGCCGCAGAGGCUGCGGGGCGGCGGCGCGGAGCCGGACUCGGACCCGUACGCGCUGGAACCGACGGCGUCCGAACUCUUGGAGCAGUCGAUGUCCGAAGCGCUGGAGCGGACGAUGAGAGACCGGGCCGCCGAGAUGGAGGCGGUGAACAGCGGCCGGAUCGCAGAGCGGAAGAGGGCGUCCGCGGAAGCGGGGCUGUCCGCACGGAAACCGGACAGCAUCUACACGCGCGCCAGUCCGUACGAGACGUCCGACAACCCGUACGAGGCGUACAAGAACCUGCCCCCCGGGGCGCGGUUUGGCACGGCGACGGCCUUGAAGGUCGCCGAGCGGAGUCAGACGCCGGGGACUCAGACGCCGAGGCUUUCGGCGACCGCGGGGAAGCGCGGGGAACCGGUGAUCCGGAAGCCGGGGAAGAGCAUCAGCACGGUGAAGAAUCUGUUCAAGUCGGCGGGCGAGAAGCGGGAGGAAGAGGCGGCGAUGCUGUUCUCCCCGGGCAGCAAGAGGCCGAAGACCCGGGCGGAACGAGCGGAGUCGCGGAUCGCGUCGGUGGUCGACUUGGAACCGGACGAGGACGCUGAGCUGGCGCGCGUGCUCGCGGAGAGCGAGAAGGAGUUUGCGGCGCAGCGGGGCGGCGACGCGGGCCAGGCGGGGGCCGACGUCAGCAGGGAGCAGGAGCAGCUUGACCGCGCGAUUGCGCUGAGCCUGCAAGAAGCUGCAGCCGCCAUCGAGCGCGAGGACGUCCCCACGCCCGCCCCCGGCCUCGACCGCGCCGCGCCCUCGUCCCCCACCGUCGAGAUUGCUGACGACGCCAUGUCGGGGCCGGAACCCCCCGAGCCGUUUAGCACUGCGUACCGUUUGCAUGGCAUCAUCAGCCAUCUGGGCACUUUAGCCUCGAGCGGGCACUUCAUUGCAGACGUGUACGAUACGGCGAGCGAGCAGUGGGUCCGACACGAUGACUCGGUGGUCACAGUGGUCUCUCGGUCGACCGUUUUGAACGAGAAACGGGAAGUUGAUGGAUACAUGUUCUUCUAUGUUCAUGAACCCCUAGUCAAGCAGCAGAAACUGGGUUAUCAACAAGCAAGAGAUAGUAGCAAACUGAAGCUCGAGGGCAGGUUUUAGCAGAUCUUUUUUUUCAUAUGAGGCAGGCGCUUCAAUACUCGUACCAUUGGAAAGUCAAAGGCGUCGAUCUUGUCAAAAAUUCUUCUGAAAGGGCCUUGAAUCGAACCCAUUGGGGACGACUUGCGGUAUCCCAACAUGUCCAGGUGGACCUUGGAUCCGGAUUCUUCUAUCAAAACAUGAUUCUUGUGCACACGUUGAAUCAUAAGCUAUCCGGUGCAAUUCAGUAGGAUUUUCAAAACACAUUGACCAUGUUUACCACUGACCGAAUCAUGGUUUGUCGAAGUUGAC